UGUUUAUGGCUUUCAGUCUCCUCCACUUGAUUAUCUUCCUCUCUAAAAAUCACUUUCAGCCACCUGAGAAAGAAACUAAACUUGCGAUUCGUUCUUCUUAAUUCAAAUAAUAGACCGGGCCGGUAAAUGGGGGAGAAGCUUUCAAGUCUGGUCGUAACUUCUUGUUUGAAAAGAAAACUCAACACUUUUCUAGCUUACUCAGUGGCAAAUUUCUCCACCCCCUCCCCCCUUUUUAAGGUCUAGAUGGCUCGCUUUUAUUGAGGAUUUUAAAACUUAUGUAGAUCAGGCAUGUAGAGCUGCUGAGGAAUUUGUCAAUAUUUACUAUGAGACAAUGGAUAAAAGAAGACGGGCACUAACCAGGCUGUAUCUGGACAAGGCCACUUUAAUAUGGAAUGGAAAUGUUGUUACAGGGCUGGAAGCCCUAACUAAUUUUUUUGAGAUGUUGCCUUCUAGUGAGUUCCAGGUCAACAUGUUAGAUUGCCAACCAGUUCAUGAGCAAGCUACCCAGUCUCAGACUACAGUUCUUGUUGUGACCAGUGGAACUGUGAAGUUUGAUGGAAACAAACAACACUACUUCAACCAGAGCUUCCUGCUGACUGCUCAGUCCACUCCUAACAACACUGUAUGGAAGAUUGCGAGUGAUUGCUUCCGUUUUCAAGAUUGGGCUACUAGUUAAGGGGGGAAAGUCCAUUCUCCUUUGGUCCAUUAGUCCCAGUAACACAUUUAUGUGAAAUUAAUUCAUUUCAUUGUAGAAGCACUAUAAACUAGUAUGUGCUGAGAUAAAAUUUCUUCAAUAAUUUUUUAUCCUUAUCAGCACCUUUUCUAGUAGCUGCCAGUUUGAAUUGUUGCCCUUAAGAGCUUUAAUGCUAGUUUUUUACAUGCCUUAUAUACAUUCCACUAAUGACAUUUUUAUAGUAGUAUCAAAUACAUGAUCUUGAUACUUAACAUACUCACUGUGAACCCAGCCUAUCACAAAAAUAAAAUCCUUUUAUAAUACUAUCCAUAGGAUAUCAGCACAAUAUAACUCUGGGAGGAAGUGGAGUGGUUUUUUUUUUUUUUUUUUUUUUUUUUUUUUUUUU